GCCAAUGGGCGAGCAGAGAGGGCGAGCUGGUCCCUGUGGCCGCCAUUAAAGCGAAGGGAAAACCCGUGAAUUCGGAUUAAAGGGGGAAAAACACCGCCCGCUGGGCCCACAAAAUGGGGGAGACUACGGCGUCCAGGCGGUGAGGCCGCAGGAGGGCAGACGUUAGGCCGGCUCGGCUCGGGGACGACACGGAGACAGAGCCAGAGAAUGGUGUGAGCCCGCAGACGCCGCCACCACCUCCGCCGCUGAGGAGACUCUGGGCUUAAGGACAUCGCUGCUGCCGGGCCGGGGGCCUGGGCUUCUCUCCCGGUUCUCGCCCUUCCCGCCCCUGUGCGGGCGCCUCCCCGCCCGGGAGAACCCUCCAGGGCUUGGGCUCUGCCGUCUUGGACUCGAUUUUGAUUAUUUAUUGUGUAAUUUAUUAUUUUUUUGCGGUAGGGGCACACAUCCCAUCCGUCCCCCGGAGAGGGACCAGCGUCCGCGGGCUCCGCAGUCCGGCCCGCCAGGCGAGCGCGGCGCGGCCCUCCCGCCUCCGGCCCUCGGCCCCGGGCGGCUGGGUGCCGGCCGGGCGGCGGGGGCUGCUCCCGGCGGCGGCGGCGGCGGCGGGGGGUGGGUGGGGAGGGCGGGCGGCCCGGCGGCCUCCUCUUCCACCGCCCCCCCAACCACUACCCCCCCCCCCGCCCUCCCCGGUGUCUGUGUUUCUCUCUCUGGUCGGAGGCGGCGGUAAUGGCGGAUGGUGGGUUGUGGCGCCGGCGGCGGCUGCUGUGAGGGACGAUGAGUGCCUCCUUCGUGCCGAACGGGGCCAGCCUGGAAGAUUGUCACUGUAACCUCUUCUGCCUGGCUGACUUGACGGGAAUUAAAUGGAAAAGAUAUGUAUGGCAAGGCCCAACUUCUGCCCCUAUUCUGUUUCCUGUGACAGAAGAAGACCCCAUUUUGAGCAGUUUUAGUCGCUGCCUUAAGGCAGAUGUACUUGGUGUUUGGCGGCGAGAUCAAAGACCUGGAAGAAGAGAAUUGUGGAUAUUUUGGUGGGGUGAAGACCCCAAUUUUGCUGACCUUAUUCACCAUGACUUAGCAGAAGAAGAAGAUGGAGUGUGGGAGAAUGGACUUUCCUAUGAAUGCCGUACUCUGCUUUUCAAAGCAGUUCACAAUCUAUUGGAACGGUGUUUAAUGAACAGGAAUUUUGUACGUAUUGGCAAGUGGUUUGUAAAGCCUUAUGAAAAAGAUGAAAAACCUAUAAAUAAAAGUGAACACUUGUCCUGCUCUUUCACCUUUUUCUUGCAUGGAGACAGCAAUGUUUGUACCAGUGUGGAAAUUAACCAACAUCAACCUGUAUACCUUCUCAGUGAAGAGCAUAUCACCCUUGCUCAACAGUCUAAUAGCCCAUUUCAAGUUAUCUUAUGCCCAUUUGGAUUAAAUGGCACCCUAACAGGACAGGCAUUCAAGAUGUCUGAUUCAGCUACAAAAAAAUUAAUUGGUGAAUGGAAACAGUUCUAUCCUAUCUCAUGUUGCUUGAAGGACAUGUCUGAAGAAAAACAGGAAGAUAUGGAUUGGGAAGAUGAUUCUUUAGCUGCAGUAGAAGUUCUUGUUGCUGGUGUCAGAAUGAUCUACCCAGCAUGCUUUGUUGUAGUCCCUCAGUCAGACAUUCCUACUCCUAGCUCUGUGGGAUCCACUCACUGUUCAUCAUCUUGCUUGGGUGUCCACCAAGUGCCUGCUUCCACAAGAGAUCCUGCUAUGUCUUCAGUUACACUUACACCACCUACGUCUCCUGAGGAAGUCCAAACAGUUGAUCCUCAGUCUGCUCAGAAGUGGGUCAAAUUUUCUUCAGUCUCUGAUGGCUUCAACUCCGAUAGUACUAGCCACCAUGGUGGGAAAAUACCCAGAAAAUUAGCAAAUCAUGUGGUGGAUAGAGUUUGGCAAGAAUGCAAUAUGAACAGAGCACAGAAAAAGAGGAAGUAUUCUGCUUCAUCAGGUGGUCUAUGUGAAGAAGAGACAGCUGCUAAAGUGGCAUCCUGGGAUUUUGUUGAAGCCACACAAAGAACAAAUUGCAGUUGUUUGAGGUUAAUGGUGCAAUGUAAGAAACCUUUAAAAGUUUCUGAUGAAUUAGUGCAGCAAUAUCAAAUUAAAAAUCAGUAUCUUUCAGCAAUAGCAUCUGAUGCAGAACAAGAACCUAAAAUUGAUCCAUAUGCAUUUGUUGAAGGAGAUGAGGAAUUCCUUUUUCCUGAUAAAAAAGAUAGACAAAAUAGUGAGAGAGAAGCUGGAAAAAAACACAAGGUAGAAGAUGGGACAUCUAGUGUAACAGUGUUAUCACAUGAAGAAGAUGCUAUGUCAUUAUUUAGUCCCUCUAUCAAGCAAGAUGCUCCACGCCCUGCUAGUCAUGCCCGUCCUCCAUCAACAAGUUUGAUUUAUGACUCAGACCUGGCUGUCUCUUAUACUGAUCUUGAUAAUCUCUUCAAUUCUGAUGAAGAUGAACUAACACCUGGAUCUAAAAAAUCAGCGAAUGGAUCAGAUGAUAAAGCCAGCUGCAAGGAAUCAAAGACAGGAAAUCUGGACCCGUUAUCUUGCAUAAGCACUGCAGAUCUUCAUAAAAUGUAUCCUACACCACCAUCAUUGGAACAACAUAUUAUGGGAUUUUCCCCAAUGAAUAUGAAUAAUAAAGAAUAUGGUAGUAUGGAUACAACGCCUGGAGGAACUGUUCUAGAAGGAAAUAGUUCUAGUAUAGGAGCACAGUUCAAAAUUGAGGUUGAUGAGGGAUUCUGUAGCCCCAAACCUUCUGAAAUUAAAGAUUUUUCUUACGUCUAUAAGCCUGAAAAUUGUCAAAUUCUAGUGGGAUGUUCCAUGUUUGCACCUCUAAAAACUCUACCAAGCCAAUAUCUGCCCCCUAUCAAAUUGCCAGAAGAGUGUAUUUACCGUCAGAGUUGGACUGUUGGAAAAUUGGAAUUGCUUCCUUCAGGGCCUGCAAUGCCAUUCAUCAAAGAGGGUGAUGGAAGUAACAUGGAUCAAGAAUAUGGCCCUGCUUAUACACCUCAAACUCAUACUUCUUUUGGAAUGCCUCCCAGCAGUGCACCUCCUAGUAACAGUGGAGCAGGAAUUCUUCCUUCUCCAUCCACCCCUCGGUUUCCAACUCCAAGGACUCCAAGGACUCCUCGGACUCCUCGUGGAGCUGGUGGACCUGCUAGUGCUCAAGGUUCAGUCAAAUAUGAAAAUUCAGACUUGUAUUCACCAGCUUCCACCCCAUCUACAUGCAGACCCCUUAAUUCUGUUGAACCUGCAACUGUCCCUUCCAUCCCUGAAGCACACAGUCUUUAUGUAAACCUCAUCCUUUCAGAAUCAGUUAUGAAUUUGUUUAAAGACUGUAACUUUGAUAGUUGUUGCAUCUGUGUCUGCAACAUGAAUAUCAAGGGUGCCGAUAUUGGAGUUUACAUUCCAGAUCCAGCGCAGGAAGUACAGUAUAGAUGUACCUGCGGCUUCAGUGCUGUCAUGAACAGAAAAUUUGGAAACAAUUCAGGAUUAUUUCUUGAAGAUGAACUGGAUAUCAUAGGACGCAAUACAGACUGUGGCAAAGAAGCAGAAAAACGUUUUGAAGCUCUCAGGGCUACCUCUGCUGAACAUGUUAAUGGAGGACUAAGGGAAUCUGAAAAAUUGCCUGAUGAUUUGAUAUUAUUGCUACAAGAUCAGUGCACUAAUUUAUUUUCACCCUUCGGAGCAGCAGACCAAGAUCCUUUUCCUAAAAGUAGUGUAAUUAGCAAUUGGGUACGUGUUGAAGAGCGUGACUGUUGCAAUGACUGCUACCUUGCAUUAGAACAUGGGCGUCAGUUCAUGGAUAACAUGUCAGGAGGAAAAGUUGAUGAAGCACUUGUGAAGAGUUCAUGCUUACACCCCUGGUCCAAAAGAAAUGAUGUGAGUAUGCAGUGCUCACAGGAUAUACUUCGAAUGCUCCUCUCUCUUCAGCCAGUUCUUCAGGAUGCCAUUCAGAAAAAAAGAACAGUAAGACCUUGGGGUGUUCAAGGUCCUCUUACUUGGCAACAGUUUCAUAAAAUGGCUGGCCGAGGAUCUUAUGGAACUGAUGAAUCCCCAGAACCACUGCCAAUCCCCACAUUUUUGUUGGGUUAUGAUUAUGAUUAUCUGGUGCUUUCUCCAUUUGCUCUUCCUUAUUGGGAGAGACUUAUGCUGGAACCCUAUGGAUCUCAAAGAGAUAUAGCCUAUGUUGUACUGUGUCCAGAGAAUGAAGCCUUGUUAAAUGGAGCCAAAAGCUUUUUUAGAGAUCUUACUGCAAUAUAUGAGUCCUGUCGAUUAGGUCAACAUAGACCUAUUUCUCGACUGCUAACAGAUGGGAUCAUGAGAGUUGGAUCUACUGCAUCAAAGAAACUAUCAGAAAAGUUGGUAGCAGAAUGGUUUUCUCAGGCAGCUGAUGGUAACAAUGAAGCAUUUUCUAAACUCAAGCUUUAUGCACAAGUCUGCAGAUAUGAUCUAGGUCCUUAUCUUGCUUCCCUGCCAUUGGACAGCUCUCUACUUUCCCAGCCAAAUUUAGUUGCCCCUACAAGUCAGCCUUUGAUUACUCCAUCUCAGAUGGCAAAUACCGGAAAUGCUAAUAACCCAUCUGCCACCUUAGCAUCUGCAACAAGCACUACUAUGACAAUGACUUCAGGUGUUGCCAUAUCUACUUCAGUUGCCACAGCUAAUUCAGCUUUGACCACAGCUUCAACUUCAUCUUCAUCAUCCUCCAACUUGAAUAGUGGAGUAUCAUCAAAUAAACUACCUUCAUUUCCACCCUUUGGCAGUAUGAACAGUAAUGCUGCAGGAUCCAUGUCUACACAAGCAAAUGCAGUUCAGAGUGGUCAGCUAGGUGGGCAACAGCCAUCAGCUCUACAGACAGCUGGGAUUUCUGGAGAGUCAUCUUCACUUCCCAUUCAGCCACAUCCUGAUGUGUCUGAAAGCACGAUGGAUCGGGAUAAAGUGGGAAUCCCCACAGAUGGUGAUUCACAUGCAAUCACUUAUCCACCUGCAAUCGUUGUUUAUAUAGUUGAUCCUUUUACAUAUGAAAAUAAAGACGAGAGCACUAACUCUUCUAAUGUGUGGACAUUGGGGCUACUUCGAUGCUUUCUAGAAAUGGUCCAGACUCUUCCUCCUCAUAUCAAGAGUACUGUUUCUGUACAGAUUAUUCCUUGUCAGUACCUGUUGCAACCUGUGAAGCAUGAAGAUAGACAAAUCUAUACCCAGCAUUUAAAAUCCCUGGCUUUUUCGGCCUUUACCCAGUGUCGGAGGCCACUUCCAACAUCAACCAAUGUGAAAACAUUGACUGGCUUUGGUCCAGGUUUAGCCAUGGAAACUGCCCUUAGAAGUCCUGAUAGACCAGAGUGUAUUCGACUUUAUGCACCUCCUUUUAUUCUGGCUCCAGUGAAGGACAAACAGACAGAGCUAGGAGAAACAUUUGGAGAAGCUGGACAGAAAUAUAAUGUUCUUUUUGUGGGCUACUGUUUAUCACAUGAUCAAAGGUGGAUUCUUGCAUCUUGCACAGAUCUAUAUGGAGAACUUUUAGAAACUUGUAUCAUUAACAUCGAUGUUCCAAAUAGGUAUUUGUAUUUCCCUAAAUGUAUCAUAUUAUUCCAUUUUUUAAAAUUCAUGUAUAUAUAUAUAUAUAUAUACACACACACUCACAUACACACAAACAUUUUUACUGUUACUUUGAUUUUUGUUUUUUUUACUGUUGAUACAGAUUGGAGCUGUUUGCUGAGUCGUCGAAAUUUGCAGUCUCUAAGUAAAAGGCUCAAAGACAUGUGUAGAAUGUGUGGUAUAUCUGCUGCAGACUCCCCUAGCAUUCUCAGUGCUUGCUUGGUGGCAAUGGAGCCCCAAGGCUCUUUUGUUAUUAUGCCAGAUUCUGUGUCAACUGGUUCUGUAUUUGGAAGAAGCACUACUCUAAACAUGCAGACAUCUCAGCUAAAUACCCCACAGGAUACAUCAUGUACUCAUAUACUUGUGUUUCCUACUUCUGCUUCUGUGCAAGUAGCUUCAGCUACUUAUACCACUGAAAAUUUGGAUUUAGCUUUCAAUCCCAACAAUGAUGGAGCAGAUGGAAUGGGUAUCUUUGAUUUGUUAGACACAGGAGAUGAUCUUGACCCUGAUAUCAUUAAUAUCCUUCCUGCUUCUCCGACUGGUUCUCCUGUACAUUCUCCAGGAUCUCAUUACCCCCAUGGAGGUGAUGUGGGCAAGGGUCAGGGUACUGAUCGGCUACUUUCAACAGAAGCUCAUGAUGAAGUACCUAAUAUUCUUCAGCAACCAUUGGCCCUUGGUUACUUUGUAUCAACUGCCAAAGCAGGUCCAUUACCUAACUGGUUCUGGUCAGCAUGUCCUCAAGCACAAUAUCAGUGUCCCCUUUUUCUUAAGGCCUCUUUGCACCUCCACGUGCCUUCAGUGCAAUCUGACGAGCUGCUUCACAGUAAACACUCCCACCCACUUGACUCAAAUCAGACUUCAGAUGUCCUCAGGUUUGUUUUGGAACAGUACAAUGCACUCUCCUGGCUAACCUGUGACCCUGCAAUCCAGGACAGACGCUCAUGUCUCCCAAUUCAUUUUGUGGUGCUGAAUCAGUUAUAUAACUUUAUUAUGAAUAUGCUGUGAUCUUCAUUUGAUGGAACUGUGCAAGAAAAAAACAAGGAAAAAUGGAUAUUUCGCUGCAGGGUUAAGUUACAAUUAUUUUCUCAGUGAAAGUCAUUUGUGAUGGGGCCUAAUUCUUACUACUUCAACAAAUAUUGUUUUGACUUAGGGGGAGGGGCUAUAACCCUGCUAUUUUUCAUUGACUCUACUGAACUCUUUAGGAUAAUGACCGAUCAUACAAAACGUAUUAUAACAUUUUCGUAGCAAAAUUAACCUUUUUUUUUCCAGUCACAGUAUUUGUGAAAAGUAAUGAGCCAUAGUACCCAGUCAUGUUAAAUGAAUAUUAAAAGCAUGGAGAGGAAACAUGAGGAACAAUGAAUUUCAACAUAUGGCUUCAGAACAUGAAGAUGUUCUUGUAUUGGAUUAUAGUAUCUAGUAUUCAAAAAUGCCUGCAUCUCUUAUUUAUUGUAAGUUUUUAAAUGUAUAAAUUGUCUUAUAUUUCUUAACCUCUUUUAUAAAAAUUUUCCUAGAAGGUUUAUACUGCCUUCUUGCUUUAAAGCAAUUGGUCUAAAAUAUAUGUAAUCGUCUUAAUUAAAAAGUUGCAGUAGGGUUGCUUUUAGAGUAUUAUUUUUUUGUAAGGGGGUGGGUGGGACAGUAAAUUUGUAUUGUCUCAAUGUACAGUUUAACGGGGAUAGAGGGGGAAUAAUGUCCAUACCAUUGUGUGUGGAGGAUUUACAGCUAAGCUGUAGUUGCAGAGUACAUGUACAGUAAUGAAGUUCACUGUGUUUAUAAAUUGAAAAGGUACCAGGUCUUACAGCAUUUUAUAUAUCACAUCUUUACAGAAUAACAUGAUGGCAAUAUACAAGUGGUAUUGUUAGGUGGUUUAACUUAGAAUAAAAUGAGAAUUCUUCAGUUAUAUUUUGUACUAUGGUUUAGGGCUAUGACUAAUAUUUCAGGCCAUUUCCAGUGAAAGAAACUUAGUUUUACAAGAAAAACAUUUGCUACUGAAUGCUUAAACUAAUUUUGGUGUUUAAUGUUACAUGCUUAAAUUUUUUUCAGUUUUAACAGUGGCACAUUUAGGCAUGGGAAUAUUAUUAAUUAAGAAAUUUAUCUUCAUGGUCUGCUAUAAGGUUGAAAUUUAGCCCAGCUCUAGGCAUUUAACAAAUUAUUUUACAAGCAGUCACUCUUGAUUGUUUGACUUUUUUUUUAAUUAAAAAUUGGGAAUGUAUGUGAGAGUAUGCAUAUGUAUGGGUGUGUGUGUGCGCGCAAUCAAACUGUGGUGUAAAUAGAUUCUCAGUGAAUUCUGGUAUUCAGACUCUAUUCCACUAGUGAAAGAACCAUUUUCUAAACUCCCUUGCCUUUUUUAUUUAUUUAAUUUUCUUGGUUUGGAGAUGUCAGUCCCAAACACCAGAGUCUGUACUUUUCUAUAACACAGCUCAGAUUAAAGUAGUGCAUAUGUCAAGGAGGUUCUCACCUCCCUAAAGAAGGGACUUGAAUUUUAGGGACUUUAAUUGACCCCUCCUUCAAUACAACUUUCCCCCUUCUUGUUUGCACAUGCCAAGAUAACUGCUUUUAUGCAGGCUUUACCCCCUUAAAAAAUCCUUUCUACAGUGCUGCUCACAAAAGAGCCCAAGUUCGCCUCCUACCUGCAUUGCUGACUUGAAUUCACAGUCGCCGAGUCUACCUAUCUUUCUUGGAAGCAGUCUAGCAAAAUUCCUAUUUGUACAUUCACUAAUUAUCACAAGGACAAAAUCAGUUGUAUUUACAAAACUCUAAUUCAGUGUUUUGUUUUUUUUUUAACUGAAACUUGUUUUGUGAAUACUCUAUGCUUAGAAUUAAAUAUAACUUUCUUAUGAACAAUAUAACUUCUUCAGAUUACGUAUAUGAAAACAUUAGCAAAUCUUGUUUUUUCUAUGAAGCAAACAAUUGACAAAGGUUUUCAAUCAUUUCUUCAAAAGUAUAAUGCAAUCCCAAUGGUCAGCAUAUUUUGAUAUUAAAUUUAAAGAUCACGUCUCUGCAUUUGUUUUUAAAUUAUGCUAACAACACAUAUUAUAUUGGUAUGUUUUCUUCUGUACUUUAUUUAAAAAAAACUUGUCUGAGAUUUGAAGGAAAAGAUGCUUAUUUGGAAUUUCCAUAAAAAGUAUCCUUUUUAUAUACUUAAUAGUGACUUUACAAAGUAAAAGCUAUAUUCUCAGUUAUUUAAAAUCACUAACCUGUGGUAACCACACCUGAGUUUGAAAGUAGAUUUAAAAUUAUUCCCUGACAGAUUAUUUAAAAUGGAGCCAUAAGGAGGGAACCCAGAAUACAAUUCUUUUUUAUUUGGGAAUCAGGGAAUACUGCCCAAAUAUACAGGAUUUAUGGAUAAGAUUUUUUUUCUUCCCUUCAUCUAUCCAUUCACACUCAAAAGAAAGUUAUUAAAUAACCAUUAUAAAAGUUCCAUAGACUUAUUUGAGAAAUUAAGCCUCUUGUGCAGGAUGGAUUUAACUUAGUAAUGUACUGUCACAGACAAGUAUGGGUAGUUUUGUUUAAAUAGGUAAGCAAAGUAUUAUACUUUAUAGCAGUGGGUUACCAACACCUUGACUUCUUUGUUACAGUGCUAACAUCUUUCUUUUGUGCAGUUAUUCAUUAUUAUUAAACAGGGAGGAAGUUCAGUAAUUCAGCAUUUAAAAAAGAUUAGUUAUAUAAUGUCUGCUUCCAGCCAGUGAGAAACAUCUAGCCAUACCUUUCUUAUGCAAGCCAUUCAGUUAUCAGGACUGUGAAUUAACACUGUAUGAAUAAAUUUCUGUACACCUUAUUGUUUGGCCAGAGGCCACCAAGUGUACUUAUAUGUAAUCCUUAAAUUUUAAAGUAGCUGUAAUUUUUAAAUAUUUCUAAACUUUUCUUAAACCACUAAAAUUAAGCUCUUACUACUUAGUCAACUAUCCUCAGCUGUAUUCGUACUCAAUUGUCAGUAUGGCACAGAUUACUGUAUUAAAAUAUUCUCCUUUCGUCUUCACAUUUACCUUCUGAGGUAAUUUUUUAACUUAAUGUGUUACUACAAAGAUUUGCAGAUCUUUAAUCAAGCACUAUGUUAAUACUGUAAUAUCAGAAUACUAUGUUGCAUUAUUUAAAAUGUUCAAAUUGAAUAGAUUAAAAAGUUUUUAAAUGCUAUUGCAUCAUAUAAUUUGCUAUUCAUCCACUAUGACAUUGCAUAUCAAUCAGUUAAUACACUUAAUGUUGCAUGAGUGAUAUUUUGGUCUGGGUUUCCUCUUAAGAUUUUAGUUUGUCUGAAUUAAGGGAAAAUGUUUUUAAUAUACAUUCGUAUUUUGUCCCACUCCUUCAAAAAUGAGCUGGAAAUCUUUUUGGUGUUUUUUUUGUUUUUUUUGGUGUUUUAAUGGGCCCAGAACUGUGGUUUAAAUUUUUAUAUAUGUGUUUUCUUUUUUGUGGAGUAUAAAUUUAAAACUGGAUUUGGGACCUAAAGUACUCCUCAGGUUGAUGUAUUCAUGAAGUUUUAAACUAGCUUUAGUUUUCAAAGUAAACUGGAUAUGUGGACCUUAAAGUUAUUGAGUUUAAGCUGCAAAUUGUAACGUCAUUACUGGACAUGUCAGCAUCAACCCUCUCAAAAUAGCUUGGUCACUUUAUGAAGGGGCGUUUUAAAGUUGUUGUUUAGCAGUGACAUUUAAUAUGGUCCAAUUGCUUUUCUUUUUAACGUGACAAAAAGAGAAUAAGGAACAAACACUAUUGCUGCCGAAUGCCAUAACACUGAGUUGUACAAAUUGUGAUUGAGGAAAUGAAAAGGUUUAUACUUUUUAAAAAAAAAAAACAAAAACAAAAAACAAAACUUCAAAUGGAAUAAAUUAUUCAUGAAGCCUUCA